AUGGGUGUCAACAUUUCUCAGAAGAACAACACUUUUGGAAUGGACCUUAUGCAGAACUGUGAUCUUCCUCCUCCAAUGAAGGUGUUCACCAGGUCGGAUAGAAAGACUGUUUUACCCUCCAUGAACCGGGCUUUCGGUUUGAUGGGCACUCGGGAGGGUGAAAGUCAGAGCAAGUUUGACGGUGAGAAUCAUGAGAAGUUGGAGCUCCUCAAGGCGCUGAGAUUUUCUCAGACGCGAGCCAGAGAGGCAGAGAAGAAGGCUGAGGUUUUGGCCAAGGAGAGGGAUUGUCUUUCCAACGCUGUGUUUGAGGAGGCCAAGCAGUUGUUUGGUCAUCGUCAGUUGGUAAGAUUGCUUGAGCUUCAAGUUUCGAGCUUGUACUCCAAAUGGGCAGAGAAGGAGAGGAAAGGAAUCAAUAGAGACGAUGACGAUGACGGCGAAGAUGACGAUGACGGGGUUUGUUUCACCUGGGUGGUGGCUUUGGCGUUUUGUUUUGGCAUUGCUGGCGUGGGUUUUGCAUUUGUUUGCAGAUACCUGUUCUGA